AUACAACUUCCUAAAUGCUCCUCGUAUUUUGCAGUUCAAAACAGCAUCGAUGGAUAUGGAAACUUCGUGAGGUUCCCUACAACAUGACAGUCGUGAGUGGGGAAGUCCACGUGGCAUUGUCACGGGAGUUCGUCAACUUUAUCAUAUACAGUGACAUAUCUUGGAGGCUUUUACAAUGGGUUCACGAUGCUGCUAUUCCAGAUGAAAUUUUCUUUUCAACAUUGAACUAUAAUUCGCGACUUGGUGUCCCAGGAACUAUUGAAAGAAGAUCAACUCAUCACCAGGAAUACCUGACCAGAUAUAAAGUAUGGAUGAACCAGCGUGAUAAAACAAAACGUUGCCAUGGUAAAUAUGUGAGAAAUAUUUGCAUCUUUGGAUUAGGAGACCUGCCCGCUUUGGAUCAAGUUCCUCAUAUGUUUGUGAACAAGCUACAUAUUCAAUACCAGUAUUUGACGUUGGACUGUCUGGAACAGAGAUAUUUUAAACACGUACAAAUUGAGUAUGAACAGGCAGGUGUGACUGACAUGAACAUGUUAUAUCGUGAACAAAGAUGAAUCAGAAAGUGCUUACAAAUCAAGGCAUUCCAUUCAAAACAAUGCUUUAGUACAAUUUCAGUAUUCAUAAGG